UCACCCACCGGGGUUCAAGAACUCCAAAAACCCCUUUCUAAGCUGUAACCAGAAGAGAGAGAGAGAGGGAGAGGGAGAUGGAGCAAAACCAGAGGGGGCCGAGGCCCCUCCAACUCCACCCGGCUCGAUCGGCCAUUGUCGAUCUCUUCAACCUCUACCUCGGAAGGAAUUCGCGGCAGAGACCCGAUGAUCCGGCGCAGGAGGCCGCGAACAAGAUGCAGAAGAGGGUUACUGCUCUCAACAGAGAGCUGCCGCCCCACGACGAGCAGUUUGUCAUAGAUUUUGAGCAGCUGCAAGGACAAUUCCCAGAUCAGGAGCAACUUCGCGCUGUCACAGAGUCUGUUCUUAUAUCUUUUGUUGUGCAGUGUAGUAGCCACGCGCCACAAUCCGAAUUCCUCCUGUUUGCUAUACGAAGCCUGUGCAGCAUAGGCUAUCUGAAAUGGGACUCUUUCCUCCCUUCUCUUCUCUCUGCAGUUUCUUCUGUAGAGGCAUCAGCUGGGCAGGGGAAUUCAGUUUCUGGUGGAGUGUUAUCUCCAACCUCUUCAGCCGUGAUUCCUAAUGCUUCAAACUAUCAUGCUUCAAAUCCGGCGUCGCCCCUAUCAGCAAUUCAUGCAAUAGGAUCACCUGCCCAAUCAACUUCCGACCAACUUGCAAGUGUAAAUCUUUCUCCGGCUAAACCUCCUGAGCUGUCUGGCUCUGGGCAGCAUAGUGGAACAAGAGGUAGCCAGUACCUUAGAGGCACUGCUAGCAACUAUCUUCGCCAGCUCUCGUGUAGGGUUAUUCUUAUGGGCCUUGAAUCCAAUCUAAAGCCAAUUACCCAUUUUGAGAUAUUUCAGCACAUGGUAAAUUGGUUGGUUAAUUGGGAUCAAAGGCAACAAGGAUUAGAUGAAUCUGAUGGCAUGAAAAACUGGAAGCUAGAGAGGCCUUUGCACGAAUGGAUGCAUCUAUGUUUGGAUGUUUUAUGGACUUUGGUUGCAGAGGACAAAUGCCGUAUUCCCUUCUAUGAACUUCUUCGCAGUAGUCUACAGUUUAUGGACAAUAUUCCUGAUGACGAAGUGUUGUUUAGCAUGAUUAUGGAGAUUCAUAAAAGGAGGGAUAUGGUGGCUAUGCACAUGCAGAUGCUGGACCAACACCUUCAUUGCCCAACAUUUGCGACUCACCGUUUUAUGACCCAAUCCUAUCCUGCUGUAGCUGGGGAGCCAAUUGCAAAUUUGCGGUACUCUCCUAUUACUUAUCCCAGUGUUUUAGGAGAGCCCUUGCAUGGAGAGGAUCUUGCAAAUUCUAUUCCUAGGGGGAGUUUAGAUUGGGAGCGUGCUUUGCGCUGUUUGAGGCAUGCACUUCGUACUACUCCAUCACCUGAUUGGUGGAGGCGUGUACUUCUUAGUGCCCCUUGUUAUAGACCACAUACUCAGCAAGCAUCAACGCCUGGUGCUGUUUUCUCUCCAGAAAUGAUUGGUGAAGCCGUUGCUGAUAGAACAAUUGAACUGUUGAAAAUGACAAACACAGAGACACAAUGCUGGCUGGAGUGGCUUCUAUUUGCAGACAUAUUUUUCUUUCUUAUGAAGAGCGGCUGUAUUGACUUCCUAGAUUUUGUUGACAAACUUGCCUCUCGGGUUAUUAAGGGUGAUCAGCAGAUCCUUCGAAGCAAUCAUGUGACAUGGUUGCUUGCACAAAUUAUUCGUAUUGAGAUUGUGAUGAACACCUUAAGUUCAGAUCCAAGGAAGGUUGAGACUACUAGGAAGAUUAUUUCAUUCCAUAAAGAAGACAAAAAUCUCGAUUCAAAUAAUAUCAACCCACAAAAUAUUCUUCUUGACUUCAUAAGUAGUAGCCAAACUCUACGCAUUUGGUCUUUCAACACGUCUAUCAGAGAGCAUCUGAACAGUGAUCAGCUUCAGAAAGGAAGGCAGAUAGAUGAAUGGUGGAAGCAAAUGACAAAAGUUUCAGGGGAGCGUAUGAUAGAUUUUAUGAACUUGGAUGAUAGAUCAAUGGGCAUGUUUUGGGUUCUUUCGUUCACCAUGGCACAACCUGCUUGCGAAGCUGUGAUGAAUUGGUUUACGUCAGCAGGAGUUACAGAUUUACUGCAAGCUUCUAAUGUACAGACGAAUGAAAGAGUAAUGAUGAUGCGAGAAACUUACCCUCUUUCUAUGUCGUUACUUUCUGGUCUGUCCAUCAACUUAUGCUUAAAGCUUGCCUAUCAACUUGAAGAGGCCAUAUUUCUUGGCCAGGCUAUUCCAAGUAUUGCAAUGGUUGAAACUUAUGUUAGAUUGCUUCUUAUUGCUCCUCACUCGUUAUUUCGGCCCCAUUUUACGACUUUGACACAAAGAUCUCCAUCUAUUUUGAGCAAAUCUGGUGUAUCCCUCCUGCUACUUGAAAUAUUGAACUAUAGAUUACUUCCUCUGUACAGGUACCAUGGCAAGAGCAAGGCUUUAAUGUAUGAUGUUACAAAGAUAAUUUCGAUGAUAAAGGGAAAACGUGGGGAACAUCGUCUUUUCAGAUUGGCUGAAAACUUAUGCAUGAAUUUGAUUCUUUCAAUACGGGACUUCUUCAUGGUGAAGAAAGAAUUAAAGGGCCCAACAGAGUUUACCGAGACACUUAAUCGAAUAACAAUAAUUAGCCUUGCUAUCACCAUCAAAACCCGUGGAAUUGCUGAAGUGGAGCACAUGAUUUAUCUCCAGCCGUUGCUUGAUCAAAUAAUGGCAACUAGCCAACAUACGUGGUCGGAAAAAACUCUACGAUUUUUUCCCCCUCUUAUUCGGGAUUCUUUGAUAGGGAGGAUAGACAAGAGGGGCCAAGCCAUCCAAGCAUGGCAGCAGGCCGAAACGACAGUUAUCAAUCAAUGCACUCAGCUUCUUUCACCAUCUGCUGAUCCUACUUAUGUAAUGACCUAUCUUGGCCAUAGCUUUCCUCAGCACCGACAAUAUCUUUGCGCUGGUGCAUGGAUGCUGAUGAACGGACAUCCUGAGAGCAUCAAUAGUACAAAUCUUGGCCGUGUCUUAAGGGAGUUUUCGCCAGAAGAAGUGACAUCUAACAUUUAUACUAUGGUGGAUGUUCUUCUUCACCAUAUCCAGGUUGAAAUGCAGCGUGGACAUCUUCCGCAGGAUCUUCUCUCUAAAGCAAUUGCAAAUCUUGUCUUUUUUAUUUGGACACAUGAGCUACUUCCCUUGGAUAUUUUACUUCUAGCCCUUAUCGACAGGGACGAUGACCAUUAUGCUUUGCGUAUCGUGAUAAGUCUGCUCGAAAGACCCGAGCUUCAGAAAAGAAUCAAAAUGUUCUGUUCAAAUCGUUCACCUCCCGAGCACUGGCUUAACAAUCAACCACCAAAGAGAGUUGAGCUUCAGCAUGCUCUGGGGAACCAUCUUUCAUGGAAGGACCGGUACCCUGUCUUUUUUGAUGAUAUUGCAGCACGCUUGCUGCCAGUCAUCCCACUAAUUAUUUAUAGGCUCAUCGAAAAUGACGCCACAGAUAUUUCCGACAGAGUUCUUGCUUUCUAUUCGUCUCUUCUUAAUUUCCACCCUCUCAGAUUUACAUUCGUCCGGGACAUUCUAGCAUACUUUUAUGGCCACCUCCCAAGCAAGCUAAUAGUACGAAUACUGAAAAUACUCGAUAUCUCUAAGAUUCCUUUUUCAGAUUCAUUUCCUCAGCAUGUUGGUUCAUCAAAUCCUGCUAGCUGCCCCCCACUAGACUACUUUGCCAACCUUCUUUUGGGCCUUGUUAAUAAUGUUAUACCUUCUCUGAAUAGUAAGUCCAAAUCAGACUCGACAGAUUCCUCCAGCAAUUCAGGGCGUGCAGCUUUUAAUAAAUCUCAAGCAUCUCCUCAGUCUGGCACAAUCAAUAAUUCUGAUGGCCAAAAAGCAUUUUAUCAAAAUCAGGAUCCUGGUUCAUACACACAGCUUGUCCUGGAAACAGCUGCUAUUGAGAUCCUCUCACUCCCAGCAUCAGCUUCCCAAAUCGUAUCUUCCCUUGUUCAAGUGGUUGUCCAUGUACAGUCGACUCUAAUACAGUCCAGCAGUGGACUGUCAAGUGGGCCUGGGCAAAAUCCUGCUCUACCAACUUCUCCAUCAGGUGGAAGUGCCGAAACAAUGAGCACAAGCCGCUCGACAGCAUCCCCGACGGGAAUCAAUUGCUCCAACUUUGUUUCCAGAAGCGGCUAUUCCUGUCAACAGUUGUCUUGUUUGAUGAUCCAAGCAUGUGGCCUUCUUUUGGCACAGCUACCUCCGGAGUUCCAUGUCCAGCUGUAUUCGGAAGCAUCGCGAAUCAUAAAAGAUUGUUGGUGGCUUGCUGACAGUAAGAGGUCGAUCAAGGAGCUGGAUUCUGCUGUUGGAUAUGCUCUGUUAGACCCAACAUGGGCUUCUCAGGACAACACUUCUACCGCGAUAGGGAACAUCGUUGCUCUUUUGCACGCCUUCUUUAGCAAUCUUCCACAAGAAUGGCUAGAAUCUACACAUACAAUAAUAAAGCAUUUGCGCCCUGUGACUUCUGUUGCAAUGUUAAGAAUAGCCUUCCGCAUUUUGGGGCCAUUGCUACCUCGUCUAGCCUUUGGUCGCCCUUUCUUCAUGAAGACUUUGGCUCUGCUGUUCAACGUGCUGGUCGAUGUGUUCGGGAAAAACUCGCAGUCCUCUGCUCCUACUGAUGUGUCAGAGAUCGCAGACCUCAUCGAUUUCCUGCAUCACGCCGUCAUGUACGAAGGCCAAGGAGGGCCUGUACAGAGCACAAGUAAACCCAAGUCAGAGAUACUGACUCUCUGCGGCAAAGUGACGGAACUACUAAAGCCGGAUGUUCAACAUCUUCUUUCGCAUUUGAAGACCGAUCUGAACUCUUCAAUCUAUGCCGCAACUCAUCCGAAGCUGCAGAAUCCAGCAUAAUUGUUUUCUUGUAAGUGCCUCUAAUAUUGUCAACCUCUAUCUAAUUUCUAGUUGUAAGGUUUUAAACUACAACUCAGAGCAUAUAUUAGUGUGGAUUUAACAAUUAAAACUAGCAUAGAUUGAUCAAGACUCCAGUGGUGCAGCAUACUUUUCAUCCCUAUGGCUUAUUAGCCAAAUUGUUAACAAAACAACAUGAUCAUAACAUAACCAUAGCCACAUUGUUAAUAA